AUUUCCAACGAAGCAUCUUCUUCAUAUCCAACUUCUUCUUCUCCUUCGUCUUGUUCUUCUUCUUCAGUCUUUUCUUCUUUUCCCUUCUUUGGGUUUUGUUAACUCGUGAGUUAUAAGCAAAAAUGCAAUACCAAAAGGAGCAUUACCAAGCAGAGUCAUGGGGUUACUAUAUGCCGGUGAGGAGCAUGCACAUGACGGACCCUCUGGAGCGAGUUGGGAGGCUGGCGUCGAAGAGCGCUGUGGUGAUAUUCAGCGUGAGCAGCUGUUGCAUGUGCCACGCCGUCAAGAGGCUCUUCUGCGGAAUGGGGGUGAAUCCGACGGUGUACGAGCUGGACCAAGACCCGAGAGGGAAGGAGAUCGAGAGGGCUCUCAUGAGGUUGCUCGGAAACUCGUCUGCCGUUCCGGUGGUGUUUAUCGGCGGCAAGUUGAUAGGUGCCAUGGACCGAGUUAUGGCUUCCCAUAUCAAUGGGUCCCUGGUGCCACUUCUCAAGGAGGCUGGGGCACUCUGGCUCUGAUCACUUUCACUUUAUUUACAUGUCAAAAAAAAAAUGUAGAAGGUUGUGAGGUCAUUGUAGCUUCGUGAUGUAGUUGAAAUACAUUAAUGGA